AUGGACGUCGACACCGGCACUGAUGACGCCAUGGCGAUCGCGCUUGCCGCGAGCAUCCCCAACGUAUGCAUCGAAGCCAUUACCGUCGCCGCAGGGAACGUGAACGUGUCCACCGCUUACGACAAUACGCUGGAAGUGCUGAGCGUUUUGAACCGGACGAACAUUCCGGUCUACAUGGGCGCAGACCAACCGAUCGGCAACCACCAGAACUCCAUCAGCGGCUACUACACAAGCGGCUACCCGAAUGAACAACCAGAGCAUGGAUACCUGAAGAUGGUGGAGCUCGUCAAGAAAAGGCUUGUGCAGACGCUGGUAAUAUUGGCGCCUUUGACUAACGUGGCGACUGCGCUGCUCGUUGAGCCGAGCUUCCUGGGCAACGUCGAACACGUCUACGUUAUGGGAGGUAACCUUUAUGGCAGGGGAAACACACUACCGGGAGCCGAGUUCAACUUCUUCACAGACCCUGAAGCCGCUAAGGCUUUCUUCGAGAGGUUCACGUGUCCCGUCACCAUCGUUCCUUGGGAGGCCUGCCUCCAGGCUAGGGUGCCGUGGGACACGUACUGCAGCGUCGCGAGCAAGAGCGGUCGACUCAAGGAGUUUCUGCGGAACCUGACUGCCGACAGAUACCCGUAUUGCCCGAGAGGAGUAGGCGGGCUUGGUGGCGGAGUCUUCGUCGGCGACUUCCUUGCAUUCUUAGCCGCAGUGGCUCCCGAGAGCGUCGCAAAGACCCUAGUGCACCGCGUAGAUAUUGAGUUGGCCGGCGUCUACACCAGGGGCCAACUGGUCCAUGCCUGGGAACCCCGGAUGCUUCCGCACGUGAAAAGAAACGUCACUAUCGUUGAACGUUUUGACGUAAGUGUAGUCGCAAAGUACUUCAGAGACACAUUCGACCCGCCAGAACAUACAGAUUGACAGAUAUAGUCCAUCGCAAAGUCUUGCAAAGGAGGCUGAUCUAAUCCUGUGCAGCGAGGUCCUGCCUUCAGAAAUAUGGCACAGCAAAACGCGUUCUGGAGAAAGAGGGCUUGGACCGCUGAACUAUAUGACAACACCUCACGAUAAACUCAAUAAGCAACAAGCGCGGGACUGGCGUCGUGUACAAACCAACACAUAUCCUCAUUUACACAAACUACACGCAAUAUAUCCAAACACAUACACGGACGUAUGUCCCUGUUGUGGAGGCACUCCAACACUAUACCGCAUAUAACGUACAUCUGCCCGGAGAGACCAGCCUAGAGGUCGAGUCUGGCAAUACACGAAAAAUACGAACGUGAACGUGGGAGGCGCGACUUGCCCUGGGAAGCCAGCUGGCGACUCUGGGUCAGGCCCAGCGAGCCUGUGUGGCCGGUGGGGCCUUGGAAGAGAGGAUCCCACCCCGG